AUGGGCAAGACUGUUAUUAACGUUGGUAUCGUCGGUGGUGGCCUUGGUGGUCUCGCCACUGCUAUUGCUUUGCGCCGUGCUGGUCACAACGUCACUGUCUAUGAAGGUGCCAAGGAACUUAGCGAAGUUGGUGCCGGUAUCCAAGUUCCUCCCAAUACUUCCCGUCUUUUGGAUGCCUGGGGUCUUUUUGACCGCUUCAAGCAGAAGGUCGUCUGGCCCGCCAACAUCAACAUGAGAAGAUACAACACCGGUGAAGUGAUUGGCCCCACCCCCUUGAAGCCCAAGAUGAUCGAACUCUACGGAUACCCCUACUGGCUCAUUCACCGUGCUGAUUACCAGCAGUUGUUGUACGAUGCUGCCGUAGAGACUGGCGCUACCGUCAUCUUGGAUGCCCGUGUCCUGUCUGUAAACGAAGCUGAUACCACUGUUAGCUUGGAAAGCGGCAAGAUCGAUAAGUUCGACUUGAUUAUCGGUGCUGAUGGUAUCCGCUCUGCUGUGCGUUUGGCUGUUAUGCCCGAUGAAGAAGUCCUUCCUCGCGUCUCGACUAACUGCGCUUACCGUGCCACUGUCCCUUCUGCCUUGAUGCGCGCCGACCCUGAAGUUGCCUUCCUUAUGGAUGAUCCCAACUCCAACUGCUGGAUCGGCUACCGUCGCCACAUCAUGGCUUAUCCCAUCCGUAACGGUGAAUUGUACAACCUUGUCAUGUCUCACCCUGGCGCUGCUGCCGUCGGUCGCUGGAAUGAGCCUGGCAACUUGGAAGAAAUGAAGAAGCACUACCACAAUUUUGAUCCCAUCAUCCGCAAGGUCUUGGAAAAAGUCACCGGCUGUUUGAAGUGGACCUUGGCCGACCUUCCCGUCCUCAGCAACUGGGUCAGCUCCAGCGGCCGCAUUGUCUUGAUCGGUGACGCUGCCCACGCUAUGCUUCCAUACCUCGCCCAGGGCGCUGCUCAAGCUGUCGAAGAUGGUGCCACUCUCGGUGAACUUCUCACUGAUCUCCAGUCCGUUGAUGAAAUCCCCGCUUUGAUGGCCUUGUACGAAAAGAUGCGUCGUCCCCGUGCUGAAGUCAUCCAGAAGGGAGCUUACGAGAAUGGUGAUAUCUGGCACAUGCCCGAUGGUGACAUGCAAAUCCAGCGUGAUUUGGGUAUGAAGGGUCAAUUGCCUGCUGGCGCCAAGAACCCUAAUCAGUGGGGCGAUGGCAACUUCCAGCCCUGGCUCUUUGGUCACAACGCAAUCACUGAGGCCAGAAGACGUUUGGCCGAAUUCAGAAACGGUUCUGACAUUGCCACCGAUUCCGCUCGCCUGUAAAUGAUUUAUUUAUCUGCUUUUCCUGUUUCCUACAUCCUUCACGUAUUCACCAACCCAUCACACACACGCACACACACACCUUCCAAAAACUACCCUUACAUAGAUGAAC